CUCUAGUCGAGCUGGGCAAUACGACAACCCCGGAAUGCGACGGCAGUGCAGUGAGAAAUUCCGGUACCUAUAUAAUGACUCUCUUAGCUUCGUCCGUCCCGCGCUGGCUGCGAGUGUUCCCGUUAGUAUCGCCGUCGUAGGUUGCAGCCAUGUUGUUGCGACUUUUCACCCUCGUACCGGUAGCCCUCAGCGGCGUCCAUGCGGCAACCUACGGCAUCGACAGACGCCGGGUAGUUCGGUCCUUUAACCCGCACCGCAAUGCCAGCUCUCCGACGACACCAUUGCAGGUUGGCAACGGUAACUUUGCGUUCGGCGUGGAUGUGACGGGCUUGCAGACGUUUAACCCCUUCGCGACUAUGUCUACGUGGGGAUGGCAUAACUUUAGUCUCCCUACAACUCCCGGCCAGACUUCGGUAGACGACUUCGUCGGCCUAGAUUGGUGGACACAUGGCCGGCUGGUCAACUACAACCAACCGAACUCAGCCCAGAGUGAGAUAUCGACCUGGCUGAUACAAAACCCCCAACGCGUCAAUUUAGCUAGGAUUGGCUUUUCGUUCGAUGGAGCUGAUGUGCCCGAAGAGGCACUUGGGGAUAAGUCACAGACACUAGACCUCUGGACUGGAAAGAUCUCCUCUUCCUUCAGUUACGACGGAUCUCCAGUCGAGGUUGAAACUUGGGCAGACCCCGGAUCCGACACAAUCGGUAUCACUAUAAAUUCCCGGCUCUUGUCUACUGGGUCUCUUGGUAUCUUUUUUGAUUUCCCAUUGCCCACUCGGAACAAGUUUGAUGCCCCUUUCGUCGGCGUCUUCAACGCUACGGACAAGCAUUCUACUACCUUGCGUCGGGAAGAGAAUAGGGCCACUAUUCGGCACGAUCUUGACGCCACAUCAUACUAUGUCUCAGCUGCGUGGGAUCCGAGCGCCGAAAUUUCAGGGCCUGUCAACGGAACCCACCGGUACGUUUUACAACCGCAGGGUACUGAUAGAAUCGAUAUAUCGAUUACUUUCUCGCCAAUCACGAGCGCACAUAUACGGCCAUUCAAGGAUAUCGCGACUGCUUCUACGAGAUGGUGGGAAUCCUUUUGGAGAUCCGGCGCCUUCGUCGACUUGACAGGAUCCAAAUCCCCCAAGGCUACUGAGCUCCAGCGGAGAACCAUAUUGUCUCAAUAUCUCACUGCCAUCGACUCGGCGUCCUCGUAUCCACCACAAGAGUCCGGCUUGGUAAACAAUGGAUGGUACGGCAAGUUCCACUUGGAAAUGGCCUUGUGGCAUUUGCUUCCGUUCGCCCGCUGGAACCAGUUUCCAUUGUUAUGGCGUAGCAUUCCGAACAUGUAUAAUCAGUAUUUGGCCUCGUCGAUCGACCGCGCGACACUUCAGGGCUACGACGGCGCUCGCUGGGGCAAGAUGACCGAUACCACUGGAAGGUCCGCUCCUGGUGAGAUCAACUCAUUGCUGAUCUGGCAGCAACCCCAUCCGAUGUACUUUGCGGAACUCCAAUAUAGGUCUUUCCCUAACAAAACCACUCUGAAAUCGUGGGACGUCAUCCUCACACCCACCGCGGACUUCAUGGUUUCUUACGCUUUCUUUAACGAGUCGACUGGGCGCUACGAUCUAGGCCCACCAAUGUACCCGGCAUCAGAGAAUACUAACCCUAACGCUACGGUUAACCCGGCGUUCGAGUUGGCCUACUGGAGAUUUGGACUGGACAUCGCCAUCAAAUGGAAACUAAGGCAGAAGCUCAAGGUACCCCCUGAGUGGGUAAAGGUACGAGAUAAUCUGGCGCCGUUGCCGAUUGCGGACGAUGCCCUGGCUGUCUAUGAAGGUAUUCCAAACAUGUGGCGGGAAAUUGGUACUUUACAGGACCACCCAGCCAUGUCGGCCGUCUUUGGCCUUCUACCCCCGCCGAGCAGCGGACCGGCUCUCAACAUGACGAUCAUUAAGAAUACGGCAGACAAAAUCCGGGACCUAUGGGACUUGGGCGACUGUUGGGGGUGGGAUUUCCCGAUGCUGGCUAUGAACUCCCUACGCCUCGGGGAUAUCGACCAAGCGGUGGCUUACCUCCUGCAUCCCCUGUUCGAAUUCGACGACGCUGGAUAUCCUGUCGGCGGCUCGCGAGUACCAACGCCGUACUUCCCGGGGUCGAGUUCUUUCCUGCUGGCCAUGGCUAUGCUUGCAGGUGGCUGGGACGGCGAGCCGGGCAUGCACUUUCCCAAGGAGUGGCAUGCCCGAGCAGAGGGGUUUCUACCCGGACUGUGAAGGCGAGAAAUAUUUCGUGUGGUAAUAGUGACCUGAUGUACGAGGCAUGAUAUACAUACUAAAUAGAGAAUGCCCACUGGAAGAAACA